UUCCCCUGAGGCUUGGGAGAGAUCAGCUUACACUUUCCAGGCUGGGCACCAACUUCUUUCUCUCCAUCUUCUUCCAGAACUGAAGUAAGAGCAGUGAUCAGCCAGAGACCAUCACUCCAUGGAUGCCUUAGCCUUCAGCCUGGGCAUUCGGUGCCAUCAAAGGUCUUUCCUGUAUCCUGCCCAAGACCUAACUGGUUCUUGACCUGGCCUUCCUUCUCCUGAUUGGCGGGUGGUUGCUCAGGAUAAUGAUCUUUCUGACCUGUUUGGGGAUUAAGGAGGGUAUGAGAUUUUUUUCUGGCUGCAAUUUGAAGGCUGGUUCCAAAGGCUGUGAUAGGAAAUAGAAAACUCUGACUCCUCCAGCUGUAGGCACUGGCUGAAUCAGGCCACUUUGAAAAGUGUGGAAGACUUCUGGAUGCCAGUUGUGAGAGGUUUUGCUCUUUUUCCCCUGCUGGACCGAGUAACUGAUAGCUCACCAGGCAGGAUGAGGGACCUUCACCAGUAUUUUGCAUGUUGCUUGGCAUUUUUCUCUGUUGGGUUUUUGAUAGUGGCCACCGGGACAGACUGUUGGAUGGUGGAUGCUGAUGACUCCGUGGAGGUUAGUUCAAGGUGCCGUGGCCUCUGGUGGGAGUGUGUCACAAAUUCUUUUGACGGCAUUCGAACCUGUGAUGAUUAUGACUCUAUACUGGCUGAGCAUCCCUUGAAGCUGGUGGCGACCCGGGCUCUGAUGAUCACUGCAAACAUCUUGGCUGCCCUGGGAUUCCUCUCUCUGCUGCUCGGGCUGCACUGUGUGAAAUUCCUUCCCAAUGAGCCCCUCGUCAAAGCUCGGAUGUGCUUUGUAGCAGGAAUCUUUCUGGCUAUGGCAGGUGUUCCUGGGAUCAUUGGCUCUCUGUGGUACGCAAUCGAUGUCUAUGUGGAACGCACCUCCCUGAUUCUACACGACAUAUUUGUGGGCCUCCAGUACAAGUUUGGCUGGUCCUGUUGGCUUGGGAUGGCAGGGGCCCUGGGAUGCCUUCUGGCUGGAGCUGUCCUCACUUGUGGUUCAUAUAUCUUUAAAGAUUUGGGACCAGAGAGGAGCUAUGCUUAUUCCAUAAGCAAGGCCUACUCCCAUGCCAGGAUCUCCAUGGCAAAUUCCUAUGUCCCAACUCGAACAGAAACUGCCAAAAUGUAUGCUGUGGAUACAAGAGUGUGACUCCUCUUUCCCUGUGGGAGGCUGUGCCCACACCCCACUCAAAUACCAGUCCAUUUACUCAGCUCAAUAAAGAUCCAUCCAGUUAGGCCAAAAUAUCAUUCCAUUUAUGUCUUCAGUUGACAGGAGUGGUUAAGAUCACUGGAAAGGUUAACGUAAGAGCCUCCGGUUAUCACUCUUAUCUUCUUUACUUCCAUCUACUUCUUUCCUCAUUUGCUUAAAUGCUCAUUAUCUUUUUCAUUAAAAAAAAGUCCACUUUGGCUUUCUGAUCAAGUUGCCCUUAACUUUGACAUGUGCUUGGAAUUUGUCUAUUGGUGUUACAGAUGAGAACUUAGUGACAUUAAGCAGGGUGUCUUUUUUAGGGAAGAAAGCUGGGUAAUAUCAAGAAAAGAACAGAGAUUAGGAUCUUGGUGACUAAUGGGAGCCUUCUUACUCUCUCAUGCUCUCAUGAAUCUCACUUCUGUGAAUCAUACAAUAAGUAUGAGAAAAGAUAAAUCAGUCCGGCAAAUCAAUGUCUACAGCUGUCCUCUUGCAGAGAAAAUGAGAAAAACUGGGCAGCUGCAUGAAGCUGCCAUUGGUGAGAGAAUGAAGAUGAAACUCAUUCCCCUCCACAUGUUAAAUGAGCGGCUGUGUUAGAGGAGAAGAGCAUGGAUACCAUCAACUUUAGGAAUAACAGGCAAAGAGAUUUGCUGUAUUUCUGCCACGGCAGCUGUCUCAGAGACUGCAGGCACUAAGGACUUGGACUAAAGCAGCAUGCUCAAGACAUGGUUUAGUCAAACACGGAUUGCACCAACCUGGCCCACUUUUCCUCAUGAGGUAUAGCUGAAUGGAUGGCUCUUUCAACUAGAGGUCCCCCGUUCUA